GUGCAAACAAUGUAAAUAAAGUUCGCUUUGAUAUUUCGCUAUGAGAACAAAUCAAGCAUUGUUUACCGACGCUUUGGGCUUACAGGUCGCGCCGGAUAGCUCAAUUCUGGUUGGUGUUGGUAACCAAGCAUUCCUGCGCACAAGUACGGCUCAAAUACAACUACCAUUGGAAACACGAUAUAGGAAGGUGCAGGGCUUUGCAUUGGGCUCCGAUCGCGGUCCAUACCGACUGAUAUUACUCUACACUGACAAUGAAUAUUUUCUUUUUCGCUAUGCAAGUGAUCAGCAGCAGAAAGACCCAUUUAAAUUACUUUAUGAGGCCGAAACAAAAGAUUGGAUAAAUGCCGCCAGCUUUCUUGAAGAUAGUGAUGAUGAAGAUACUGAGCAGUUUGUUUUGCAUAUGGCGCACAGCACUUUAUUGCGCAUAAAAUGCCAGAGCCAGUUGAAAUCUGAGCUUAGUGUUAAUAUUGUCGAACUGAUCUGCUGUACAGAUUAUUCCAUGCUCUAUCACACUCAUUUGCAUGGAGGCAAGUUUGAAGAACUACUCGUUAUGAGUGGAAAUGGAUUCGGCGAAUUACUAAUUUGGCAACCGAGCGCCGGCGUGUCUCAGAAAGCAAGCAUUAAACGAUGUCCCCUGUUGCUGCGAAUGGAGGCACACAAUGGUGUUAUCUUCUCGAUUGCCUAUCAUCCAAAGACAAAUCUGCUGGUCACAACAUCCGACGAUCGUUCCGUAAAGUUCUGGCACCUGCAGAAACCUGACAACUCGAAAACAGAUUGCCAGAAGGUGCAAGUUAGGCCGAUUUUGAGUUGCUUUGGCCAUGAAGCGCGCGUCAUGUGCGCCAUUAUUGUGGAAUAUGAUGGUAGAAUGUAUAUCAUAAGUGGUGGGGAAGACUCGUUCAUAUGCGUUUGGAAUCGGCAAGGGGAGUUGGUGCGGAAGAGGCGUCACCAAUUUGGCGCCUCAAUAUGGAGACUAGCCUACGAUCCCAAUACAACAACGCUUUACAGCAGCGGUUCUACGGGAAAUGUGCUAUCUUAUAAUCUUCACCAGCUUCUGUCACAACAACAAAAAGAACUUACUGAGUUGGCUGCGUUAUCUAAUAAUUGCAAUUAUGAGUUUGUGAGCAAAGUGAAGUUUUUGAACCACCAUAUCAUAAUUGCUUUGUGCAACAAGAGCCGCUUAUACUAUACGGAAAUGAGCAGUUCGAUAGCAACACAAAGCUGGCAUUUAGUUCAAGCUUUUCCCACUUACAAGUGCACCGUAUUAGCCACUCAGGAUGGACUCAUUGCGUGCUGUGGACUUGGUCGGGUUACAUUAAUGCGCUUUGAUAGCACUUCCCAUGAUUUCCAGCAGCUGUACGAUGGCAGUCCAAUUAAAGGCGUAAUACGCGCCUUUCACUUUCUCAGCAAGGAGCUGUUUCUUAUAUCCGACGAGGAGGGAACAUGCAUGAUCUUAAAGGGUCCACAAUUGGAGGUUGAGGCACGCAUAAGUUUACCUAGCUGUCGGGAGCCUUGGCCUACGGCUGCCCUGCUCUUAUCGCCCAAUUGUGUGCUACUAAGUACACGUAAUGGACACGUAAUACUCUACGCACGCGAUGAUGCUUCCAGCUUUGAAUUGAAAGCGACGCUGAAGCGUUUGCAUGGCAAUAUGGGUGCGACAAUGUUAGAACAGAUCAGCAGCAAUGCAGCAGAGUCGUAUAUAUUGAGCGCUGGGCAUGAGUCUACCAUAAAAUAUUUAGUUUUACGUUGGUCCGACUACAGUUUGGCGGCUUGUCGUCGCGAGAACGUGCCGCUGGCGUGGGUAGAGGCGUCACCAACACAAGAUUUGCUGCUCGGCUUCAACGAUAAUCACAUUAUUGUUUGGUCGAAAGAGCACGAUGUGCUCGCACAGUUACCCUGUGGUGGUGGACAUCGCUAUUGGGACUAUCAGAUUCAUCGGGACGUGCUGCAAAUAGUGUUUGUGAAGACGAAAAAGGUAUUCCACUAUCGCCUAUCGCUACAACACAAAAGUCCGGCGCUGCAAUUACGCAAUCGUUGGCAUACGCGUGGCUGCAACACUAUGCAGCUGCUGGAAAGGCACAGCACGGGGCAGACAUUUGUCGUAUCGGCUGGCGACGAUAAUAUAAUAAAAGUAAGCAGCUUUGUCGAUGGCACCCUGCAGCUUUGUACGGAGCUACACACCCACAUCUCGAGUGUGCGUCAUCUUACGUUGCACCAACUGGUACCGGAUACAUGGCUCAUAUUCUCAGUCGGCGGUCGGGCCCAGCUUUGCAUAAAUAAAAUCAAACUCGAAGGCCACUCAGAUUGCCACGCGACAGAGCUUUCCACGCACACAGUGCGAACAGACAUUGCCGAGAAUAAAAUAAUGCUGGAAGCGCGUCUAAUGGCUGUCGAUGUUCUGCGUCGUAAUACAGCUGAGGACUUCUCCGUGUAUAUUGCCAGCGCUGAUGGUAAAAUUCGUUUACACUUUUGGCAACUUCAGCAACCCGACAAGCUUAACUUUCUCUACCUGAUCGAUCUGCAGCGUUGUCCUCUGCAGCUACGCUGUCUGGCCACAACCAAUCUGCUGCUCGUCACCACUACAAACGGACAUAUUGUCUGCUUUGACCCGGAACUACGCACCAAACGAUUUGAGGCUCAGUUGCACUCGGCCGGUGUGAAUGCGUUGGACGCCUUUGUCGAUGGCCAACUCCUUCACAUACUCUCCGGCGGCGAUGAUGAAGAUGUUGUGUACACUACCAUCGAAUUGCAUGGAAUGACUGUCCUGAAACGUUCAUCCUUCACCGGUCUUCACGAUGCUCAGGUGAAUGCCUUGACAAUACAGCCCUGGCGAAGCCCCAACGAUGGCGAACUCUAUGCCUACACCUGCGGCAUCGACAAGCAAAUCUACCGGCUGAGUCUGACCACACAGCAGUACACCAGCAUUGGAUAUACGUGCAUUGCCGAUAUAAAGGGUAUGCUGCUCGAUGCGAAGCAACGGGUCUACUUUUACGGCUGUGGACUACAGGUUCUAUCCUUAGAGCCUAAAUAGUUGGUUUGUUCUAUUACAGAUAGUUAGACAUCCGACCAAAACUGUGAGUUGAUAAUUCAUCUUAAAUAGUAAUAUGUGUACCCGAAAAAUGAACGGGUAUACUACAUAGUUUGAAUGUCCUCAACAGACAUAUCAGGAUGAUGAGACGUCCGUCCAUCAAUUCUUCUGCUGCUCUGUCUGUAUGAACAUCGACCCUUACUAAGACAUUACAGCUUGCUAUAUAGAAACGAUUAGUAAAAUAAAGUUUUCUUUCAACAGGGACAACACAUGAUGUAAAUAAGUCUUGCAGUGAUGAGUUUUAUUAGAAAUUAUCCUUUGUAUAUUUUCUAUUGUAAAAUUUAAUGUUUUAAUUAUAAUAUUUAAAUAAAUUACGAUUGUUUUUUG